UCAACCGUUCACUUUAAAAAUAGAGAAUAUGCUCUUUUGGUCCUAGUAUCGUUCUUCUUUACAUUGGAAACUUUUGUAGCAAAGUAUCACCCUUUUUCAUGGAGAUACCUCCCAUUGUCAAGUAUGUGUAUAGCUCCCACUCCAAGAGAAAUGGCGAAGCUCGCAUCAAUCGCUACUGUAAUGCUGCUACUGCUACUCACAAAUUGGAUCUCGCAAGAAAAGAAGUUCCAAUCCGAUCGACGCUGGCUCUUCUCUUCCAGAUUUCUUGGAAGAAAAACGUUUCCCCUGUUCCAGCGUGAUCACUGCCAAGGUAAGCGCGUCUACAUCCACCCAUUGCCUCCCCAAUUCAACCGCCAAAUCCUGGAGCGAGCAUGCUGUGGAAGCUCGCAAACUCCAAUCACCUGGAUGUGCGAUCGUCUUGGCAACCACGGGUUGGGCCUUCCGGCAAGAGUUAUCACUCCUCCCACUUCCAAUGAUUCGGGAGCUCUCGAUUCACUCCAAUUCCCAGGGGAGACGGCCACGCUGGUUUCAUCCUGCCGCUUGCUCCCAGCUUCCUCGUGGUAUAGAACUGGCCAGUUUGCUCUCGAGAUCAUGAUCCACGAGCGCUUUCGACGGUACCAGUGCCUCACAGAUGAUCCCCACCUCGCAAAUCUCUUCUACAUUCCAUACUACGCGGGCUUGGAUGUGUCGCAGUACCUCUUCACCAAGCAAGUCCAGAUGCGUGACAAGCUCGGCCAGAGGUUGCUGGGAUACCUGCAAGGAAAUCGUCACUGGAAUCGCAAGCGAGGCAGAGAUCACGUACUUGUUCUUGGGCGGAUCGUGUGGGACUUUGGGCGCAGCGAGGAGAAUCACGAGAGCUGGGGAAGCAGCCUCCUCUCCAUCCAGGAGCUGGACAACGCCACCAAGCUGCUGAUCGAGCGGGACGUGUGGAGGAGCUCGCAGAUGGCGCUGCCAUACCCGACUGGAUUCCAUCCCGAUUCGCGCCAGGAGAUCGACGAGUGGCUGGCAGUGGUGAAUGGAUCGUCGCGAGACCUGCUGGUGUCCUUCGCUGGAGCUCUUCGCGAUGGCAACGGCAGCACUGCGACGAUGAGAAGAUCGCUACGAAGACAGUGCCAGCGACACGAGAGAUUGUGCACGAUCCUGCGCUGCGAGAGAAUCAACUGCGAAGAAAAUCCCGAGAUUGUCACCUGCGUCGCCUUGCGAUCAGUCUUCUGCCUGAUGCCGCCCGGCGAUAGCCCCACCAGGAAGGCUUUCUUCGAUGGCCUCGUCGCUGGAUGCAUCCCCGUGGUGUUCAGCGAGCACACCGCCUACACACAGUACCUGUGGCAUCUUCCACGCGAUCCAGAGUCCUACUCGAUCUUCUUUCCGCAUCACAGCGUCAUCGACGGGAGCAUCGAUGUGAUCCAAGAACUCGCCAGAAUCCCAGCGGCGCGGGUGAGAUCACUGCAGGACGCUGUCGCGCGCAUCAUUCCCAGAAUUAUCUACGCGAAAUCCAGCCUCGACGGCUAUCCAGACGCAUUUGACAUCGCUCUUGAAAAACUUCUAGUGGCCCAAGAACCCUAG